GAGCAUCCACAGCCACCAAUCCACCUUGUUCAUCAUCCAUAUCAUAAAACUCUUCCUCCAAUUCCAUAAACCUUUCAAUCUAUCUCACAAUAAUAUUUGUAUGUAUUUUUUGGUUUAUAUAAUUUAGGAUCUUCUUCUUCACCCAGGCUGCUUUGCGAUUUCCUCCGAAAUGGCGACAACGCAGCAGCUCGCCAGCACCUUCACUCCUUCCUUCACCACACGGCUCCCCACUCCUAAAGGCAUUUCCGGCGCCGCCUUCAGAGUCCUCCCUUCCCGCCGAUCCUCCGCCGUCAGAGCCUCCAUUGUGCCUGAGAAGCCGACGUUCCAAGUGGUGCAGCCAUUCAACGGCGAUCCAUUCAUCGGCAGUCUCGAAACUCCGGUGACCUCCAGCCCCUUGAUCGCCUGGUACCUUUCCAAUCUCCCUGCCUACCGCACCGCCGUCGACCCUCUCCUCCGCGGCGUCGAGGUCGGCCUCGCCCACGGCUACCUCCUCGUCGGCCCCUUCGUCAUCACCGGCCCCCUCCGGGGAACUCCCUACGCCGGAUCCGCCGGAUCUCUCGGCGCCGCUGGCCUCGUCGUCAUUCUCAGCGUCGUCCUCACCAUGUACGGUAUCGCCUCGUUCAAUGAGGGCGAGCCGUCGACGGCGCCGUCCUUGACGCUGACGGGGCGAGAGAAGGAGCCGGACAAGCUGCAGACAGCCGACGGCUGGGCCAGAUUCACCGGAGGAUUCUUCUUCGGAGGAAUCUCCGGCGUCAUUUGGGCGUACUUCCUGCUUUACGUGUUGAACCUGCCGUACUUCGUGAAGUAAAUUUAGGGUUAGGGUUUUGAAUUUGGGGAUUUUGUGAAUUGUGUAAUUUGGGGCCCACUCUUCACCUCUACUCUCUGUAUUAUACCGUAAAAUUGUAAUUUCGUGUUCAAUGUAACUUAUUUUAAAAUAUUAA